AAUACCACCAGUGAGUCAACUGCCGGGAAACUCUUAGUUUCAGUUCUUUUAUUAUUAAACUACGAAAUAAUGCCACAAACUCAACUGAGCUUCAUGUGUAGCAGGAGAAAAGACAACAGCUCGUUGUGAGUUGGACAUUUAAGAUUGUUCUAAAGGAGUGAAGGGGCCCAGUUCCACUCAAAUCCAGCAGUGAUUCAUUCCAGGGACAAGUCGGCUCAUGUCCACCAGUGAACCUGACACCACGGGACCUGAAGCUUCUCUCCAGGACCCGCUGAAUCUUUUUCUCUUCAAUAGGUGGUGUUGAGCUCCAGCUCCUCAAAUGAAGAAGCUUUAGAAACACAGAGGUACUCCGUUGUUCACUGUGAGUUGUGGAGAAUAUCACGGUCAGAGUGAUGAGUCUCUGCUGCGCCACGAGGACGCAGAACGCCCUGGGCUGGGUUUCAAUCAUCUGGUUCACUUCAGGUGUCAUCUCUGGCAUUCAGGCUGUGGAUCUGCAGGUCCAACCCCAGGUGGAGGCAAAGUGUAGAACAAACCUGACGCUGACAUGUAAAGCCAACUCUUUGCAGAAAUUUGACAUUAAAUUAUUUUCCUGGGCGAAUGAAACUAAAGUUGUGUGUCGAUAUGAAAAAUACCAGCCUGAGCCUGGGGUCCUGUGUGAGCUCUCUGACCACACACUCAGUCUGACUCUCCUCGACGUGAUGCCGGACCAUGAGGGCAAGUACCUCUGCAAGCUCCAUUCCAACGUGGGAACAGCUGUGGCCUCCACUCUGGUCACAGUACGAGGUUGUCUUGAAAGAUCUGGUUUCUCCACCAAUGAGUCUCGCGCUGAGUGCUGGUUCGCUGGAGUCUAUCCCAGCGGCGUCGUGCACUGGUUCCAGGGAGGAGUCAACUUAACGGACUCAGCGAGGACAUGGGAAGAGGAGGGCGGACGAGGACGGUUCAAGGUCGUGAGUGACUUACACGUGGAGAAAGGAAACACGAGCCUGCCGUACAAAUGCUCCCUGUGGAUACCGACAGACGGGAGGUAUCUCCAGAGUCAUCAAAUAACUUUAACCAGGAAGACAAAGUCAUCUGGAAACUCGGUGGCACUGCAGGGGAUCUGUGUUGUGGUUUGGUUGUUUUCUUUUCUUCACUGCAUUUGGAAAGGUUGAAAUAUGACUUAAGUACAAAGUCAAAAUAAGUUUAUUUGUGCAGCACAUUUCUGCAACACGGCAAAUCAAAGCGCUUUGCAUUAAAUAUAAGUAAAUACAAAAAAGAAGCAUUUACAAAAGAAAUAAAAAAGAUAAAAUAAAAAAUACAUGUAUCUGCAGAGGAGGGAGCCGUGUGCAGAACUUGAAGUGAACACUCAAACCAAUUCACCCACUUGAUGGCAGCAGAACAUCGACUGCAGAUCAGAAACAGGAGCGGGGGGAGAGGCUGUGAGACUGAAAGACCAGAGAGACUCAGAACAUCGACUGAAACCACUGUUUUGCAGAUGUGCAUUUUUGGGGCUUUGGAUUUCAGAUACAUUUAUUUGUAUUUUCUACUCACUUGAACCCCAAAAUGAUCAUUUUAAUUUCUUCCUGCUGGCCAGAAAGUGGCAGCACAUUAUGUGGACUCACAGCAAGAAGGUUCCCAGUUUGAAUUGGGGAUUAGAUUCACUGGAGACUCUAAAUGAGUGUGUGGGUGGGUGUGGUGUGUGUCUUGGAUGGUGGUGGGGGUUUGUACUCAAACAUUAUUUCUUUACACAGAAUGCAAUAAAAAAAAUUGUUUGCAGAUGGGAAUCCUGUGUUGCAGUAUCAUAUGUCCCUUCUUGCCCGGGGCCCCAAAUUCCCUUGACACGCCCCUGCACGUGAGAACAAAGGUGUUCGGACGGCGGAGCGAAGUUGUCUCACUGAUCCCAGUCUGUCUGCUGAGCUAAGCUAACAGGUUGCUUCAUGUUUACCCUCUGGAUUAGUGAGGUGUUGUGCAACUGGUAAACUCUUUCCUAUAUACCAUCAUAAUGAGUCAAAGAGAGUUUCCUCAGUUUCAUUCAAGGCCACUAAAAAUAUGUUUGUUUCCAGAAAUGGAACUUUUAUCCACAGAAUCAUAAUUAUGUGAAUAACUUUCUGACUGUUUUAUCUGCGAUUGUAUCUGAAGUGGUGAAAUGUGUCGUUAGAUACAAGGGUCCUGUGCAGGCGUCUCAUUUGCAAACACAUUAACCCUUAGAGAUUUGAUUUUUUUUUUUGCUUUCUAUUUGGGAACAUAUGAAAUAAGUGAGGCCCAUGCAUUUAAUCAGGUCCAAGUUUAAUGUCACUGCAGCCGACAGCCCACGUUGGAUCCUCCUCUGAUUCAGAGAGGAGCUCCAGUAGAAACCUUCGAGCUCAGAAGCUUCACGGUUGAUUUCUCUUAUUCAGAAACAGGACUGUUGCCAUGGAGAAGUGCAGCUGCCGAAGCCUCGUCUGAAAACAAUAAAUCGUCUUUUCUCUGA